AUGAUAAAUAGAAUGUUUUUGCCAUAUUAUUCCAAGUCUAGAGGCCCUCCUAGGUUAAGAUUCCAGGUUAUGGGAAAAAGAGGGAAGAGGUUUUUAAUGCUAGUUGCAGCUAAUCAGAGGGAUCCUAGAGACGGUAAGCAUAUGGAAGUUUUAGGAAGUGUGCAGAGGAGACCAAUUAAUCCAAUUCCGUCAUCUAUUGGAGAAAACCACGAGAGUUUAUCUGAAAUAAGACUAAGGUUUAGUAGAAUUAAGUUCUGGCUUGGCGUAGGGUGUGAUAUGAAUGUCUCAGUUGCAACAGUUCUUUCACAAGCUAACCUAAUUCCUCCACACCCGCCUAAAUUUGGAGAGAGGACCAGGGGUCACUUUCACCUUUUAUCGCAAAUUGUUGAGAACAGGCAACAGGUUCAUUUGAACAGAGUAAAGACUUUCCUUCUAAGGGAAUCCCCCUGUGUAAAUGACGAUGAAGAUGUGUAUAAACCUGACCUUGAAGAAACUCCGGCAAGGAUCGUUCAGAAUAAAAUUUAUCCUCCAGAACUUAAAGAAUUGGACCAGGCUGCUCACUUUGAUAUCACUGAAGAGCCUUUAAACCCUGAAAAGAAAGUUUUAAGAAAACUUGUUAGAUAA